AUGCUGAACAUCAACUUCCAUGAGCAUAAAUGGGCUCUCUUCUAUUGCGCGAUAUCUACCUGCGGUGCGCUCUGCUACGGCUAUGAUCAGAUCUACUACACCGGCAUCCAGGGGAUGACACCUUUUAUCGAUGUCUACGGCACAAAGAACUCAUCAGGCACUGCGGCACUUACAACAAGCUUUCUCUCAUUGACAGCAUCCAUCAUCUACGUUGGUGAGUUGCUCGGAGCUCUCUUGGCUGCCCCUAUCAACGAUCACCUUGGCCGCAAAGCUGUGUUUCUGUGCGCCUCCUUAUGCAUUAUUGCCGGUGCUGUUGUGCAGGUAGCAGACAAUGGCAGUGAAGGCCUGAUCAUUCUAGGCAGGAUCCUCAUCGGCCUCGGUAUUGGUCAAUUUACCGUAACUUGUGUCCUGUACAUCGGAGAAAUCGCGCCAAAGGCUAUCCGGGGACCUGCAUUGAUGACCUUCCAGCUCAUGCAAUCUUGCUCACAGCUCGUGGGUUCGGGCGUAACUCAGGGCACUGAGUCCCUCAAGUCAACUGCAGCUUUUCGCAUACCAAUGGGCUUACUCGCGCUACUGCCAUUGCUGAUGAUGGCCAGCUUACCUUUCCUUCCAGAAAGUCCGGUGUGGCUCAUGCGGAAAGGACGGAUAGAGCAAGCCGAACGCUCCCUCCAAAAGAUACAUAAGAGUACCAAAAAUUACGAAGCGACAAUGGAUAUACAUAUCCUUGAAGAAGAAGUGGCAAAGGAGAAGGAGGCUGAAGCAACAUCGACCUGGGUAUCACUUAUCCGAGAUCCAAUCGAACGACGAAAACUCAUAUUCGCUUGUGGAGCUAUGAUAGCCCAGCAAAUCAAUGGCAUCCAAUUCUUCUACUCGUACGGUGUUGUUUUUGCGCAAUCCAUAGGCAUUUCUCAGCCCUUCACCAUUUCUUUGAUCACCAAUGUGCUCCAAGUUGUUGCCGUCGCCGUGUCUGUAGCGCUAGGCAAUAAAGUACCUCGAAGGAUUAAUUUGCUGGUCACGACUGUUAUGAUGUUUUUUGCCUUCAUCAUUAUUGGUGGUUUUGGAACACGCAAGGAACUGACAACUGGUUUCAGCACCGCCAUUGUCGUCUUCUCUUACAUCGUGAUUGUUGCUUUCAACUUUGGAUUGGGACCACUAGCAUUUGCUAUGGCUAGUGAGUGCUCGGCCGGAAGAAACAGGAACAAAAUCAUGUCCUGUGCCAUCGUCAGCUUCUUUCUUACAGUAUGGGUAAUCGCCUUUACCUCGCCUUACCUAUACUAUUCUGCCAAUCUAGGACCAAUGCUCGGAUUCGUAUACGCUGGUUCGACAUGCAUUACUCUCCUCUACGUUUGGUUUUGUGUUGGCGAGACGACCGGAAGAUCAAACUUGGAGAUUGAAAUACUUUUUCAAGAGAAGGUCCCGGUACGUCAAUGGAAGACACACACGUUCGCGGUCCCCAUUACCUCGGUGUGCGAAGAUGAGGCUAAGAUUGCGAUGGAGUCGGGACUGACAGAAGUUGAACAUUGUUGA